AUGAACAAGUCGGUAUCGGAAGUGUUGGCUUUCAAGUUUCAAGUGAAUCCCCGAUGGCGUUUCUUCUCAAAAGUUCGGUCGCUUCACAUUUCCGUCAGACGGUCACCAACUCCGAUUCACUCUCCCUCACGCGCCGCCACUUGCACGUCGCGCCAGGGCCUCGCGAGCAAGCUCUCUUGGCAGCGGACCCGUCUCUAAGGCGAUUCAAGUCCCAUAAGAAGGGUGUCUUGGCCAUCCGAAGGAUCAGGAAGCUUCUCCCACUUGUUGUUCUUGCUGGUUGCUGCUAUGAAAUAUACAUAAAAGCGGGGAUGAAGCAGGAGGCUAAGGCACAGGCAUAGGCUUCAGGUGCAAGAAUAAGCAAUUCUGUAUUUCAAUGGUGAUUCCAUCAUGUCUGGAAACAAUAUAAAUGAACUUUAUGGUUUCUAAAUUGUGCUAAUAAGCAGAAAAUACGUUUUCCUGACGGCUUUUGAAGUAUAUGUUUCUGAUUAAUUUUAGGUUUUAGUUCUUAAUAAAAUCUAGUUUAAUUGGCACUUUGGAACAA